CCCGACUAUUUGUUCCGCAUCCGCCAAGCCCAGAAACUUUUGCCUGCGUCGCGCUUCGAGAAGUUGAAGUUGGGUAUUGAAGACCUAGAAGAGGUAUAAUCAUACUCGCCGUCGCCGCUCCACCACUCUUACCAAGAGAUAACCUAGUUCUCUGUUGCAUCCUUUUUCUGUAACCCUUUUUGAAUCGUCGCCCCAAGGGUUUUGCGGCAGAAUGGACUACGACGACCGGCCAAAGCUGUCGGUGGAGGGCGAGAAGGAACUGACCAGACUUUGGAGGACAUGGCGGACGGUACUCGAAAUGCUGGUAGACAGGGGCUAUGCGAUCGCGCAGGACGAGCUCGCAAUCACCCGCGAUGAUUUCCAGAGGAAGUUUGGCGAUCCAUCCACAGGCCACGUUGAGCGGAGACUGAUGAAACUGCAAGCGGUGCCGACGGAAGAGAUGAUCAAGCGCGACACACCGCGACCGACCAAGUCAAACCCGAACCCGCAGACGACGGCCGGCACCAUCUGGGUGGAAUUCAGCCCGGAGACCACCAUUGGCAUCAAGCACCUGCGCGCGUUUGCGCAACAUCUGGACGCGAACAAGUUCACCACCGGAAUCUUCAUUACCAUUUCACCCGUCACCGCGGCCGCACUUAGGGCGUUCGAGCCGCUGGCGGAGCGAGGUAUCACGGCGGAAUGGUUCCAGGAGUCAGACCUGCUGGUAAAUAUUACUAGACACGAGUUGGUGCCCAAACACGUUCUGUUGAGUGCCGAGGAGAAAAAGGUGUUGCUCGACAGAUACCGUCUGAAGGAGACUCAGCUGCCUCGCAUCCAGUUCAAUGAUCCCGUCGCUAAAUACCUCGGUCUCAAGAGAGGGAAUGUCGUCAAGAUCAUCCGCAAGAGUGAGACUGCUGGGAGGUACGCCAGUUAUCGGUGGGUGUUUUAAAGGAAAACCAAACAAUAAAGACAAUCAACUGCUCUACUUUGCUUGCCAUUAUCCGGUUCGGGUUCAUCAGCGAGGAGUUUCGGGUCAAACAAAAAAAAAUGGAAUGGCAAAGCUUGGUCCUGUAUCGCAUUUGAGUGGGUGUGAAGCCGGAGUUGGCGGGCAAUUUGCAAACCGGACGGACGGGCGGGGCGAGUGUUCUUGUGUCGAUACCAGACGAGACAGACAUGAUCAUUAUCAAAUUAUGAAGGACUUCACUGCUUCAGUAUACUGAACCGCCAAUGCACCCCGGCUACGACUACGGUAAAUUUUGGCUGGCAGGUGCCCUGCCAGUGCUGAUGUUCAUUCAUUUCCAUUAUCCUGUCCAUUCCAUCAUUAUCAUGUCAUCAAUGGUCUACAUAUCCUCAUAAGAUCCAAUCCCAUUUGGUCUUCUUUUGUACCUCAGCCAGCAAUUUGUCCGCUUCGCAUCCCAGGGCUUUUGUGUGUGUCAGGCAAAAGAAGAUGUCACCGGCAUAGCCAGUCAGUCGGCUAACCAAUCGCUCAAACAUCAAGCCGCUUUUCAUGCUCGAUAGAGAUGGACUUGGUCGGCGAGUCAGGCACCGAUUGCAUCUCAUACAGCGUCUGCGGAGACUUGCUGCCAAAGCUAGAUGCAUGUUCCUGCAUACUGUCUGUACGCUCGUACAAGGCCCGGUCCUCGGUGCACUGGCUGCGAGCCAACGUGGUCGAGACCUGUGUCGGUGACGACGACUUGUCGUCCGAGUGGUAUCUGGCGCCGCUGUAGGAUCUUCGGAUUUUGUGCAAUGCAGAUAGGGUUUUCUGCUUGAUGGCGCCGCCACAGGCGGCCCAGAUGCCGAUGUGGUUUUCCACGGCUGCCCAGAGAUAGACCAAGGCGUAGUUUUCUGCAAACGUCCCCCAAAAAAGGUUAGCCACAACCUGUUUUUCCACGCAAAAAGGGCAGACCCUGGGUCAUUCGGAGGGAAUGUCGUACCUGAGACGCUGCCGCCCCUGUCGAGGUGGACGAGAGCAACGAGACGCAGGAUGCUUGCAACGACAACACUGGAACAGAUGUGUCAGUGACAGGCUGGUUGAGCUGGGGAGAUGGAGAAAUAUCGUACAGUAGUCCCAAGGCGAACAAAGCAUAUAAGCCCAAUCGGUGCGGCUUCACCAUGUCGACGUUGCGGAGCAGUACCAUUGGGAUCAGGUACAGGAUGACAUCGUUGACAAUCAUGAUGAUGGAAUUGCAAUAGAAGAAGGUCAUGAUGUCGACGCACUUGGCGUCAGGACUUGCGAGUGGAUUCCACAUGUGGCUGAGAGGGAUACACUGCAGCAAUAUGACGAACACAGAGCUGAUGCCAAAGCCGGCGGCGACGAACUGCAUGAAGUGGAUGAAGUAUCGUUGACAUCGGCUCCGUGCGAGACCGUAAUAGAACGUCAACCACGCAUGCUUGACGAACAUGUUGCAAAGAAAAUAUGGCGGGAAAACGGCGACAAGAAGCUAAGAAGAAGUCAGCUAUGAUUCCAGCACGCAAGGCUCACUUGCAAAUCAAUACCUUCUGCAGUAAUGGUCGUGUCGCAAAUUCGAGGGGUGUGAUAUCGGCUCCAAGGCCGUUCGCAGCCGCUGGAGGCAUAUCAGUCACACUGGAGUUUGGUACCAGGGAUUGAGAAGAACAUCCUUACCCGCACAUACAAUGCCUGUCAUGACCAAGGCGAGGAACUGCACUUCAAGUUAGGAAAAAGUCCAUACGAAGUCGGUGGUAGGUGCAACGUACAGCACUGAUGACCAGGAACCCUAUAGCGGGUCAGUAUUUGCAGCCUU